UUGUUCUAGUAGUCUGCAGCAGGACUUUGCAGACUGUGUUAACUUUGACAACACGCACCGUUUAAACUUGUUACAAACUGCAAUGACAGUUUUCUUUAGUUUUCCGCUCUUUCGGUGAUGGGAGGAGUCACACGCGCGCUGCUCACAUCUGCCUGUGUGAUAGAAAAGAAGAUGAAGAAGUCUUUGAACACGAUUUAACUCAGAGCUUGUGCACACCCAGGAAUAAAUAUAUAUUGGAACUUCAGGAGCUUAAACUAAAAGGACCAUGUUGUUGCAAAGGCUGAACCUGGGUUCACAGAGACACGUUACCAGGCUGCUCACCAGACCACUGACAGAAGCUCCCUACAGCAGGGUCCAUGGCAGCUCCUUUGCACAUCGCGGUGAACUGCGUCAAGCAAAAAGGAUCGUAGUUAAGCUUGGCAGUGCUGUGGUUACCCGUGGCGACGAGUGUGGUUUGGCUUUGGGAAGGCUGGCUUCUAUAGUGGAGCAGGUGGCCAUGCUGCAGAAUCAAGGCAGGGAGAUGUUGAUUGUCACCAGUGGAGCUGUAGCCUUUGGCAAACAAAGAUUAAGACACGAGAUCCUGCUGUCACAGAGUGUCCGACAGGCACUACAUUCUGGACACAACCAGCUUAAAGACAUGUCUCUGCCUGUGCUGGAGGCUCGAGCUUGUGCCGCGGCUGGACAAAGUGGCCUUAUGGCUCUUUAUGAGGCCAUGUUCACCCAGUACAGCACAUGUACUGCACAGGUCCUGGUGACAAAUCUGGAUUUCCAUGAUGAUGAAAAGAGGCAGAACCUCCACAGCACACUGCAGGAGCUGCUUCGCAUGAACAUUGUGCCCAUCAUCAACACCAAUGAUGCUGUGGUGCCCCCUCCAGAGCCUAACAGCGACCUGCAGGGGGUGAUCAGUAUAAAGGACAAUGACAGCCUGGCGGCACGGCUGGCUGUAGAGAUGAAGGCUGACCUGCUCAUCGCUCUGUCUGAUGUGGAAGGACUAUACAACAGCCCCCCUGGAACAGAUGAUGCCAAGUUAAUUGACACCUUCUAUCCUGGAGACCAACAGUCCAUUACCUAUGGCACGAAGUCAAGAGUUGGAAUUGGAGGCAUGGAGGCUAAGGUCAAGGCAGCCCUCUGGGCGUUGCAAGAAGGCACCUCAGUGGUAAUAGCCAAUGGCACCAACCCCAAAGUAACAGGCCAUGUCAUCACAGACAUUGUGGAGGGCAAGAAAGUGGGAACCUUCUUUUCUGAAAUCAAACCUGCUGGCCCAUCUGUAGAGGAGCAGACAGAAAUAGCUCGUAACUCUGGAAGAAAACUGGCAUCUCUGCAGCCAGAGCAGAGGAGUGAGAUUAUCUGCCAUCUAGCAGACCUGCUGACUGAAAGGCAGGAUGAAAUUUUGGCAGCAAACAAGAUGGACAUGGAGAUGGCCAUCAGUAAAGGUAAUUUGCCGCCGGCUAUGUUAAAGCGCCUGAGCCUCUCACCAGCCAAACUUAACAGUUUGGCCAUAGGUUUGCGACAGAUAGCUCUGACAGCCCUGGAUAGUGUUGGACGUGUGCUGCGCAGGACCAAAGUGGCUCAAGAUCUGGAAUUGGGGCAGAUCACGGUACCAAUUGGGGUUCUUCUGGUCAUCUUUGAGGCCAGACCUGAUUGCCUGCCACAGGUGUCAGCCUUGGCCAUAGCCAGUGGCAACUCUCUGCUGUUGAAGGGUGGCAAAGAGGCGGCCAACACCAACCGCGCCCUCCACCGGUUCACACAAGAAGCCCUCUCUCUGCAUGGAGUCACAGAAGCUGUACAGAUGGUGAGCACUCGUGAGGAGGUGCAGGAUCUGUGCCGAAUGGACAAGAUGAUUGACUUAAUUAUUCCCCGAGGUUCGUCCCAGCUGGUGCGGGACAUUCAGCGGGCAGCCAAAGGCAUUCCAGUGCUCGGUCACAGUGAGGGAAUAUGCCAUGUCUAUGUUGAUGCAGAGGCCAGUGCUGAGAAAGUCAUAAAAAUUGUUAGAGACUCCAAGUGUGACUACCCAGCUGCAUGUAAUGCCAUGGAAACACUGCUGAUUCACCGGGACAUUCUUAAGACCCCGCUCUUUGACCAGAUAAUUGAUAUGCUACGUAGUGAACAGGUGAAGAUUCAUGCAGGCCCGCGGUUUGUUUCAUAUCUGACAUUCAGUCCAUCAGAGGCCAAGUCCCUGCGAAUGGAGUACAGUGACCUAGAGUGUUGUAUGGAGGUGGUGGACACUAUGCAGGAGGCUGUGGACCAUAUGCACAAGUAUGGUAGCUCCCACACAGAUGUUAUCAUCACUGAAAAUGAGGCGACAGCUGAGCAGUUCCUGAUGCAGCUGGACAGUGCCUGUGUUUUCUGGAAUGCCAGUACACGUUUUGCUGAUGGCUACCGGUUUGGACUGGGUGCAGAAGUAGGUAUUAGCACAGCUCGUAUCCAUGCUCGGGGCCCUGUAGGCCUUGAGGGGCUGCUUACCACCAAGUGGGUCCUGAGGGGAGACGGUCACACAGUGGCCAACUUCUCAGAGCAUGGCACCAUGAAGUACCUCCACGAAAACCUGCCUGUGGGGCAGACCUUUGCAGGACAGAGGCAGAGUAACUAGGCCAAAGUCAUUGACUACAUUCACUUGGUUUUAUCUUUGUUCAAAAUUGUUUGCAUAAACUUCCAAAUUUUACCCAAGGACCUAUCGUCUUGAUGAAGAUAAUGGCUGAUCUCACUUGUGAAGUAAACUACAAUAAUGACUACUGAGGAAGCACAGAUGUUUAGAUAACUGUUAUUUAAGAAUUCAGAACAGCAGAUAUUAUUAUUUCUACCUCAGCAAAUGGCAAUAAUAUAUGAUUUAGGCAUUAUGUGGCAAUCAUAAUCCAAUAUUUCAAAAUAAUUAAGGGGUGAAACUCUGACCAAAUACAGAUGUGUCAAAGGAAGUGCUUGAAAUGUUUUAUUAAAUAGUGGACAUAAUGGACAUUAUUUUAAAGCUGAGUUUAUAAAUUAACAUGUGCACUUGCCCAGAUUACUGUUCAGAUCAACCUAGAUCUGUCUAUAAUGAUGGAAGUUAUGUUUUUAGAUUUUAAUUAAAGUAUAUAUUUUCCUUUUUUAUGUUCAACCAUCUAUAUAAAAAAGAACCAUGUAAGUGGUUUCUGUCUUCAUGUCAGAUUAUUUUAUUAGCAAAUACAGUAUCUCACAUAAGUGAGUACACCCCUCACAU